AACACUCAGAGAAGAGCAGCUCUGGGGGGAUGGGAGGAGUCAGGGUCGAGCCCUGCCCCAGACCUCCUGGUUCCAAUUUCUGCCUGUCAGCUGUGCUCUCAGCUGUCCACUGUCCUCCAACUCUGUCACUUCAGCUCUACCACCACGGUGAGAGGUUCCAAGGCCUACUAAUACAGUCUGCAUAGCUGGUGUGGGUCCAGAAGGUUGCAGAAGGGGGGCUUACCCAGAAGAAAGAGGGCUGGCCCUCCCCAGCAGCACCAUCGAGGUCUUAGGGACGCCCUUUCCACAGCGAACUGAUUUAGGGAGUCUCAAAAGUAAGUCGUCUCUUUAUUACCCUUCCAUUUCUCCUAUCCUGAGUCUGUUGGGCCUCUUCGUCUCUCUCCCCACCUGAUGACAGAAAAGGAGGUGGUGGAGUCCCCUCAGCCCCCCUUUCCAGGAGAGACUCCGCAAAGUGGGCUACAGCGACUGAAGCAAUUAUUCAAGAAGGGCUCUCCAGAGACAACCGAGAUGGAGCCUCCCCCAGAGCCCCAGGCCAAUGGAGAAGCCGUGGGGGCUGGGGGUGGCCCCAUCUACUAUAUCUAUGAGGAAGAAGAAGAGGAGGAGGAAGAGGAAGAACCACCCCCAGAACCUCCUAAGCUUGUCAAUGACAAGCCCCACAAGUUCAAAGAUCAUUUCUUCAAGAAGCCCAAGUUCUGUGAUGUCUGUGCCCGGAUGAUUGUGCUCAAUAACAAGUUUGGACUCCGCUGUAAGAACUGCAAAACCAACAUCCAUGAACACUGUCAGUCCUACGUGGAGAUGCAGAAAUGCUUCGGCAAGAUCCCACCUGGUUUCCAUCGGGCCUAUAGCUCCCCACUCUACAGCAACCAGCAGUAUGCUUGUGUCUCUGCUGCCAAUCGCAAUGACCCUGUGUUUGAAACCCUACGCGUCGGGGUGAUCAUGGCAAACAAGGAACGGAAGAAGGGGCAGGCAGAUAAGAAAAAUCCUCUGGCAGCCAUGAUGGAGGAGGAGCCAGAGUCAGCCAGGCCAGAGGAGGGCAAGUCACAGGAUGGAAACGAUGCAGAAAAGGACAAGAAGGCUGAGAAGAAAACACCUGAUGAUAAAAACAAGCAACCUGGUUUCCAGCAGUCUCAUUACUUUGUGGCUCUCUAUCGGUUCAAAGCCCUGGAGAAGGAUGAUCUGGAUUUCCCACCAGGGGAGAAGAUCACAGUCAUUGAUGACUCCAAUGAGGAGUGGUGGCGGGGGAAAAUCGGAGAGAAGGUGGGAUUCUUCCCUCCAAACUUCAUCAUUCGGGUCCGGGCUGGAGAACGUGUGCACCGUGUAACCAGAUCCUUUGUGGGAAACCGCGAGAUUGGGCAGAUCACUCUCAAGAAGGACCAGAUCGUAGUGCAGAAAGGAGAUGAAGCUGGUGGCUACGUCAAGGUCUACACCGGCCGCAAGGUGGGGCUGUUUCCCACCGACUUCCUGGAGGAGAUUUAGGUGUACUGGCGCCUGCUGGCGGGAGACACCCACGCCCCGUUCUGGGCGGGGCCCAGUGCGGGCUGGGGAGGGAAGGGGCAGGGGGACGAGGAGGGUCGGAAAGGCCCACCAGAGCAUAAUGACGUUUCUGGGGAGGGUCUGGCUCCUACCUCUCCCCUGCCUAGGGCUUCGGAUACCUGGUGCGCUGAGCAUCCUGCACCGAUAAGGCCCACACUUCAGGUCCAUCCAAACCUCAAGAGCUUUGGGGUGAGGGUGGGGAAGCAUCUCCAUAAGGAGGGGCAGAGCUGUCAAAUGUUUGGAAUUUAUUAAAGUUUUGACAAAAGUUAGAAAA